GUCCUCGUCCGACUUAGAUCAACCAGGAGGUUCGCGCUUAGAGAAGCACUCAAUAGUUCUAUCAAGUGUUGUCCGUUGCUUUGCAAAGUUCAUCGAGUUCAACAAUGAAGGCCUUUGUGUUGGGAUCAGUGCUGCUGGUGGCUUCGGUAUGCUCCGGAUCAUACAUUCCUCACGAUACUCCUGAAGUGGCCGCUGCCAAGGCUGCUCACUUUGCGGCUCAUGCUGCUGCCGGAGUCGGUUCAGGUGGCCAUCACUGGGAUCACCACGAAGCCCCUAUUCAGAAGUGGCACGGACCGAUCCACAUUCCAAAGAUCCACAAGGGCGUCCCAGUCGAAACCCCCGAAGUUCAGCAUGCCAAGGCAUUCCAUGCUGCCGCUUAUGCCAAGGUCGCCGGAUACGCUCACCACGAUGACCAUUUAUGA